AUGUCAAAGGCGGCGCAGGCCGCUGCUUCCGAUCCGACCACCUCCAUCGCCUCUCCCACCUCGCUUCCGUCGGAGGCGAUCCGCCCUGCGCGGCGAUUCUCCAAGGCGCCCGACUUCUGGCUGCUCUCGCCACUCCUCUACGCGCCGCUGCUACCCCUCAGUACCGAUCUCCAUCCCUUAAUGCUCCCCCUCCUGCAUUUGUUCCCGUCCUUCCCUCCCACUCCUUCUGGACGAACCAAUGCUGAUGCUGCUUAG